CUACUUCGCCAACACUCGCUCCAUGUCAUAAUAACACCACACUAACAAACACGUCUCGGCUACCCAACACCUGCUGAGGUAACAGGGCCCGGCUCGCGAGGUAGACUAUAUAUUCGUGACGUUAAUCACUUGUUUGAGCAGCCGCGCAGGCACUACUGGCGAAAUGGUGACGUCUGGUAUCUGGAACACUUUCACCGCCUUUUGUUUUCUUGGACUUUUUUGUUUUACGUUCGUCCACUCGGAGUUGGACGCUGCACAGCUGGACUCUGACAUUGCCAGCGUUCUGGGGUGCAAGACAAGCCCAGCGUUAGCGGUGUCGGUGGUGCUGGACGGGAAAGCGGUUUUUUCCAAGGGGUACGGAUACAGCGAUCUCCAAAAGACUAUCCCGACAACGAACAAUACUAUUUUUGGCAUCGCAUCGCUCUCCAAGGCCUUUGCUGCCACUUUGUUGUUGAAGCUGCUUGAUCGGCAUAACAUAUCACUGAACACCCCCGUGGUUGAUGUGCUAGGCAAAGACUUCCGGUUUGAAGAUGACCUGCGCACAAAGUACGCCACUCUAGAGGAUCUGCUAUCUCACAGACUAGGAAUCCCCUCCAACAACAAUAUUCGCCUUGAUACAAAUUUAACUCGAGCAAAUUUACCGAAAAGACUGAGGUAUCUGAAGGCGACCGGAGGAUUCCGAAACAGUUUCUUUUAUAGCAAUUUGAUGUAUGGCGUUAUUACGUACAUUGCCGAACGACUCGGUGGAAAAACAUGGGAGGAACUCGUUAAAGAGGAAAUCUUCACCCCUCUUGGCAUGACGUCAUCAGACUUUACAACAAUAAAAGAUCUGAAGUCACGUGAUGUUGCUAAACCAAUUGCCGUCUAUGGUGAAAACAAUACAUUUCCAGUCAACACUGAAUUUUCAAGACGUUGGGGUUUACUGUGCGGUUCCGGGUGCGUGAUGUCCACUGCGAAUGAUAUGAUAAAAUGGAUGCAUUUCCACCUCACUCGUGGCCUUGACCUUCAGGGACGGCGAAUAAUGGACACCAAGGUCAUGGACCCCAUGUAUAUCCCACGCAAUGCCUUUGCGGGUUCCAGCUACAAAACCUUCGUGCGCCCUCGUCUUCCGGUGACGACCAGCUCUGGUGUGUACGCAAUGGGGUGGAGGCGAGGCUACUAUAGAGGUUAUCCCAUUAUAACCCACACCGGGUCUACAUUCGGAUAUCGAGCCAUAAUGAUCCUCAUCCCGGACAAGAAGUUUGGAGUAUUUAUGGUGGCAACCGGAAAUGACGACGAGUAUUUAUUCCGAGUUUCAUUGGCCAACUACGUCAUAGACGCCACCCUUGGCUUCACCCCGUGGCUUAACGCAUCCACCUUUUGCUCCUUCCCACAGCCCUGGUUUGGGCGAAAAGUGACGAAAUACAAACUUCCCGACAGUUCCACACCGUACAAAAAGAACGUCUCUACAUAUCUGGGAUUCUUCACGAACAAGGCAUUCGGGAAUAUGGAAGUUUACUACAAUGCCUCGUUAGGUCGAGUCGUCAUAAGAUACGGUUACGGCGAGUGGGCUCUGUAUCCCAUAGCAGGUCCUCCGGACUCGUUUUACGGGAAAGGUAUGGGUAUCAUUUCCGUCAAGCAUUGCCACACAUUCGUGUUUAGAUCGGGAAAAGGCGCUGGUGAUCGGACGGUGAAAAUUGAAGCUAUGUGUUUCGAAAUGAAGCUGCCUCCAGUAUUUGUUCGAGAAGGUUCUGUUAACAGUGCAGAUUCAAUGUUAAGCUUCAGAACAAAUACACUGGCCCUGAUAUUCGCUGUUAUUACAGCAUACUACAUUUAGUUCAGAUUCUGGAGCCAAUUUCACAAAACAUCGCUGGGCGGAAUUUACGAAGCCUGUUUAAGCAUUGUAAAUGUAUGUAGUUGCACGCGUGUAAGACAUAAACAGGUGUUUAAGCAUUGUAAAUGUAUGU